GAUUAUUCACGCCGCAGUUUAUGUUUAGAUUACAGCGUGUAUUUAAUGUUUAUUCUGUCCGGAUUCAUCCUGUUUCAAACAGUCAGACUUUACAGAUUUUUUUAAAAGCAUUUUCUUGAAUGUCUUCCCGUUUUUUUUUUUUUGUUUUUUUUUUGCUCCACUUCCCCUGCCCGACUCCUAGUCUCCGCCCACACAUUCCUGUGUGUCUGCCGUUCGGGAGGAGAGAAAAAGGAAAAGAGAUCCGGCUGGAAACAGUCUGUGGACCUCGAACCGGAGAGGAGAUGAUCCCAAACAAUAACAACAACAUUUCUCAGCCUGAAUCCGACUCAUGAGAAAACAGCUGUUUACACAAACCAGCGCUCGAUUCAUUUUCCCGAGUCAAAUAAGUUAUUUUUUUAAAACUUUUAUUUGAGUUGUUAGUUGAUUUUUAAAAAAAACUUUAAGCAAGAAAGGAGAGGAAGAAGAAGAAAGGAAGGAAAAAUCAUGGAGAUCCUGGACAGCAGCGAGUCGCUGCUCCACUGGGACAGAAACCUGAGCGAGCUGUCUGAGGCCGGGGAGCUGGACUCUGUGCUCUACACCAAUCACUUCUCUGAGCUCCUGGACGGCCUCUCCCCGGAAGCUUUGCUGGGCCAGCUGCUCAGCGACCCCUUCCUGUCCGGGGACAAAGGCGGCGUGGAGUCCAUGGAGGGAGAGGACGGCGGCGAGCUGUCCCCGUCGUCUCCUCUGCCGCCGCACAUCACCGCCGAGCACAGCUACUCGCUGUGCGGCGACAGCCGGCCUCAGUCGCCGCUGUCGCACCUCACCGGAGAGCAUGGCAGCGAAGCAGAGUCCGAUGCAGACUCCCCUGACUGGGCCAUGGAGCAGGAAGAGGCCAUUGAGGGCCUCCUCUGUGUGGCUCCCUCUCUGCUCCCCACUCUCUCGCUCUCUCUGGCCUCCAGUGAGGACCCUCGUGGGCCUGAGGGCCCCGCUUUGGCCCCUGUGGCCCAAACAGCAGCCAGCAGCAUCACCAACCAAGGCAAAGCACUUAAGAUUAAGGAGGAGAAAAUCAUCCCUGAGAUUAAGCUGGAGCCACAUGAAGUGGAUCAGUUCCUCAACUUUUCACCCAAAGGCCUGGAGUCCCUGCAGAUGCCUCCCACUCCUCCCAGUUCCCACAGCAGUGACUCUGAGGGCAGCCAGAGCCCCGUCCACGCCCCUCCCAGUCUGUCCUGCCCCACCUCCCCCAGCAGCCCGCCUCCGUCUCAGGCCAGCGUCAAGGUGUCUCCACGCGCCGCGUCCUCACUGUCCAACUCCCCGCUGCUCACCGCUCCCCAUAAGUUACAGGGGUCUGGGCCGCUGAUCCUGACCGAGGAGGAGCGUCGAACGCUGGUGGCCGAAGGUUAUCCCGUUCCCACCAAACUGCCGCUCACCAAAGCAGAAGAGAAGGCGUUGAAGAAGAUCCGCCGGAAAAUCAAGAACAAGAUUUCAGCUCAAGAGAGUCGCAGGAAGAAGAAAGAAUACAUGGAUGCUCUGGAGAAAAAGGUGGAGACAUGCUCCAAUGAGAACAACGAGCUACGCAGGAAAGUGGAAACUCUGGACUGCACAAACAAGUCUCUGCUGCAGCAGCUGCAGGCUCUGCAGGCGAUGGUGGCAGGAAAAAUCCAGAAGUCGUGCAGGAUGGCGGGCACCCAGACAUCCUCAUGCUUAAUGGUGGUCGUGUUGUGUUUCGCUCUGUUUCUGGGGAGUUUUUACCCGAGCAGCUUCACUCUGUCGUCAAGCAUCACUGAAACGGGCGUAGCAUCCAGACAGAUGCCUGAAUCCUACACAGCUACAGUGAAAAGCAGGAGUUUGCUGUCGACCUUCGAGGACGAGCAGCCGCACCUCCUGGGCCUCGGCGGCGAAUACCCCGAGCAGUGGGAGGACGCGCCGGCCGUCGUCAUGGCAACGUGGCGCCGUUCAGAGCAGCAGAAACUCGGCUCCGAACCGAACCGAGCGGAGAGGCACCCUCCUUUCAGGAACAAAAGCAACGACACGCAGAAGAACCUGCUGCUAGACCUGCACAGGUCGCAGACGGCGAACAGGAGCAGCAGUAAAGUUUUAGAGCUGGAUCGAUCGGUCAACGAGACGUCCUGAGGUCUCACUUCGCCCCAUCCUAAAAGAUUUCUCUGGAGCUUUUUCAUGUGUCCGGAAGCAGCAGCGCCCCCUGUUGACUGACUGAGGUCCGACGCCACCUCUGCUCCAUCAAAUACACUGAAAUUGUAAUAACAAAGAGGCACUGGCUGCCUUGUGUUUCUGAAUUAAAAGUUGCACUGAUGGUUUCCGACUUGAGAUAUAUAUAUAUAUAUAUAUAUAUAUAUAUAUAUAUAUAUAUAUAUAUAUAUAUAUAUAUAUAUAAAACUUCAGAGCAGUGUGGCGUUUAUUCCAGAGGAAAUUAUUUUAAAAUUCAACAUGUGAGACUUUUCACAGGACACUGAUGAUGAGUCAUGUAUUUAUAGAAACUUUUUUUUAUUUCAUUUCUUAAAUGCUUUCAUCCCAUUUUGAUACUAGCUUAUUUUAAUAUUUUAUUUGUGUUGUUUUAUAUUAUAUAUGUACGUAUUUACGUUUCUGGGGCAUUUGUGUUUAGCCCCGUUGAGGAAAACGAAACCAAAAUUAAUAUUAAGGAUUUUUUUUGUCAUGUUCAGUUUUGGCUUGUUUGUGUCUUUUGAGAAUUUUUUCCUCAAUAAAUGCAAAGAAAAGUGGGGGAAACAAUAUUUUUGCUCGUUUGUAGCUUUAGGUUCCUUUUUUUAUUGAGUGUCCUUCUGAGGUAAUUAGGUUUAUAUUUGAUUAAAUUAGCCUUCUGAAAGUAAAAAGACAUUUAAUCAUCGUAAUUCAGCAUUUACCAAAAGUACAUCUUAUAAACUUGGAACAAAGUUUCUAUUUUUGUAAAUGUGGGUUGUUAAUAAAUGAGGGAAAUUUAAAUGUGUCGGGACGAUCUAUAAUUCAUCCCUGCUCUCUAUUUUUGGCUCUGUUCUGUUGAUAAAUUAUGAACGCUGGCUUUUUGAGCAUUAAAGCAACAUUUUCUCCCUCUCAGAUGUCCUGUUGAACCCGUUUAGAUUAGCAAGUUCAUCAAAAAAGGUAUUGAUGUGAAGCACUGAUGAUCAGUCUUGUACAGUACAUUCCUCACAGUCAAUGCCUUUGGAAACAAACUGGUUCCACUUUGUAAAAAUAACUUCUGUGUUUUUGUGGCUCCCAUGUAAAGUCAAUCUGAACUAGUCUCUGUCUUCUUGCUUUGGAAGUGAAUAAAGUAUUUUCCGUAGUAAAAGCA